AUGGCUCCACGUGGUGCUCGCAACGGUGGCACACAGCCAUCGCGCGGCCCAAAGGCGACUUCCAUGAAGUCCUCGGCCGGCUCUCGAGGUGGUAUUCAAAAGAAGAGAGCUGGCCCGACAAAGAUUGACGGAGAUGGGGAUCUCGAUAUGGAGAGCGCUGCUCGGCGGUCAGCCAAAUCCGCUGGUGCACAGUCAAGUGGCGGGCAAGCAAGGCCAAAUACAAGGUCCUCUGCGAAGACUGCUCGUGGCACUUCCAGAACGGCACAAAACCUCCUGAAACACCUCGCCAACGGUGAUAUUGGUGAUGUCCCAUCUCGCCCCACUAGAGGAAAGCCCGCCCUUUCCUACCUCCGAGUAUACGGCCUGAAGCAGAGCAAGGCGGCCACCAAUCCUGAUGGCGGCGUCAAGGAUCUCCUCAACUUCCUAGAAAGGAAAGCCUCCGCUUUCACCACGGGGCGCCAAAGAAAAAACGUGAUGAUAAAAAAGUCACACCUUGCUGGAGACUAUCUAUUCAUAGGCGCCAGCAAAGCCGACGCAGAAGAACUAAUCAAACUCAACUCUUUCGCAUUCGCCGGAGUGCCCCUAGAAAUUGUUGAAUCGGAUGAAGGACUCGCGCUCCCUAACAAGGCGACGGAAUCAAAGGAAACGCAGGAGCUUCGCGCUAAAUUGCAGUCGAUUCUAAGCUCGAGGUACUACCAGGCGAACAAGCUACUAAAGCUUGACGCCCUCUCUACAGAUGAAGAGCUUGUCAAUCUCGGCAUGUUUGAGAAUCGCGAGCGAGCUCUCAAGACAUUCAAGGGCCUCAUGGUCAUUUGUGAUGACCUCUUCAAAACAGCCCAGGCGAAGCGGGACGCCAUCGAAAGCAUUAGCGUUGCUGGCAAUGGCAUCGACGACGUCGUCCAGAUCGAAAACGUCGCAAUCACUUUCCCUCAGCUCAAGAAUCUCGACCUGAGCGGCAAUAAAAUCGCGACCAUGAAGGCCAUGGAGCGAUGGAGGGGCAAGUUCAGAGAGCUCGAGACGCUCUACAUGGCUGGCAACCCCAUCGAAACCGAUGACCUCAACUACAAGAACACUCUGCUUGAAUGGUUCCCCAAGCUUCAAAAUAUCAACGGCAUCGCUGUGCGUACCGCAGAACAAAUUGCGGAACGCGAAGAGGCGCUGAAGCCCAAGCCUAUUCCACAAAGCGGCCCAGACUUCAGGGAUGUUAACGGUAUCGGCGAGAAAUUCUUGCUUGAGUUCUUUGAUCAGUACGAUAAAGAUCGACAAGGUCUCAUCACCAGUCUGUAUGACGAGUCGAGUCAUUUUUCCCUGGCGAUCGACACCAAUUCCGUUCGUGAUCAGAGUGCGCCUCUCCCGCUGCCCUGGGCAGCGUACUUGAGGUUUUCACGAAACCUCGUCAAAAUCACGCAUCCAAACGCCAGAGCCACCCGACUAUUCAAAGGCGCGAGCGGCAUUUAUGACUUAUGGAAACUUCUGCCCUUGACCCAGCAUCCCAACAUUAAGACAGAUCUGAACAAAUACAUCAUGGACUGUCAUCCUCUUCCGGGCCUUGCUGACCCAUCUGGGCAGAAUCGUCUCGGGGUGGAUGGCCUCAUCAUCACGGUCCAUGGCGAGUUUGAUGAAUAUGACGAGAAGAGUGCCACUACAGGGAAGAGGAGCUUCUCGCGCACCUUUGUGCUUGGUCCCGGUCAAUUGGCAACUGGGAUACGCGUCGUCAGCGACAUCCUGUCGCUACGCGCAUGGAACAGGUUGCCAGACGUGUUCAACGCCAAUGCCGCAGCACCGGCUGCCUCUUCCGGGCAAGCGCAAGACCAGCGAGCAGCCAUGAUUGUCGAGCUGUGCAAGCAGACGGGCAUGACACCUCAGUACUCUGAGAUGUGCCUGACACAAGUGGACUUUGACUUUGCAAAGGCGCUUGCUAUUUUUCAGGAGAGGAAGGCGCAACUGCCAGCCGAGGCCUUUGCCACUCCCGGGCAGUAA